AUGGCGGGCGGGGCGAGCUUGGAGGGGGCGGACGCCGAACACCUCAUCGCGUUCGGGCUCGUCAUGGGCGCGCUGCACGUGCUCAUGGGCGCGGACCACCUCAUCGCGCUCGCGGUCGUCACCUCCCCGGACGUGGACGACACCGCGAGAAUUCGGACCGGAUUUGGAGGGGAGGAGGAUCCGACGACGUCCGCGGAACACACGACGCGCGACGUCGAGUCGUCGUCGUCGUCGUCGUCCGGCGUCGGCACCCCACCGACCCCCCCGCCGCCGUCCAUCUCCGGCGCCGUCUCCACGACAACAACGACGCGACGCCACGCCCUGAAAUCCUUCCUCCUCGGCCUAAGGUGGGGAUUCGGGCACUCCCUCGGCCUCGCGCUCGUGUGCGUCGUCUUCUUCGCGACGAAGCGCGCGGCGAACCUGGACGCGAUCGGCGACGUCGCGGACAAGCUGGUGGGCGCGUCGAUGAUCGUGUUGGGCGUCUGGGCGCUGUACGCAUUGCAUCGGUGGCGCGAGCGGCGUUUGAGAGAGGCUGCGCACGUCGCGGACGACGACGCGACGGGGGUUGGGGACGCGGGGAUUCAUCGUCCCUUUCCGCCGGUAGCAGCAGCGCGGCCCGAAGGCGACGGAUUCCACGGAUUCCACGGCGACGGCGCGGUCCGUCGGACGGAUCUCGAUCUCACGCGCGGCCCGUCGCUCCUCGGCGCGCUCGUGCUCGAGGCUGGCAGCGCGGAGCACGCGGCCGCGCACGAUUUGCAUCUCCCGCACGGGAAGGCGGCGACGUAUCUGAUCGCGUUUCUGUGCGCGUCGACGCUCGCGAUGGCCGCGUUCGCGGCCGGGUUCGGCGCGCUGACGCAACGCGCGGUGCUGGCAGCGGCGAAGGAGGAUGAGGAGGAGGAGGGGGCGAAGGAGGCGGCGGCGGGGGCGGAGGAGGGUUGCGGGGACGGCGGCGACGGAGGCGCGUCGACGUCGCCGCCGCCGCCGCCGCCGCCGCGCGUCUCGAGGGCGACCGAUCGAGCGACGAGGAUCGCGAUGGGGUUGAACCUCUUCGCGGGGUGCCUCGCGAUCGCGAUCGGCGUGACGUGGAUCACGCUGAGUAGUUUAGGGCUGCUAGGCGACCUGUGA